CACCCUGUAACGCAGUCCCCCUAUACUCCUGUACACACAGAAAGUACACACUACUCCUCCCCAUAUAAACCAACCCAUAGAGGAGCCAUUAGCAUUUAACGCAUUUGCUUUUCUGAAUUUUUCCCGGAAUUUUUUUUAUUUUUCCUGGAAAAUUUCACUGUUCCAGGCCUCAGAGGAGACAACCGCGUCAGAGGUGAACCCGAUCACCAUUGAUCGCGUACUGUUACAGAGAAAGAGAAGGAAAGAGUCAUUGAGAUUUGCGCCCGAAGAAGGCAAGAAAGAGAGAGAGAAGAUCUCGAGCAGAUCAGGGUGAUUUAAAGCAAAGGCGGCGAGAAUUUAUUGAUAUGAUAUGAGAGCUUUUUAGAGAGAGAAUUACUUUCUCUCUCUAACACCCUCUCCUUAUAGCUGGUCCAUUCCAUUUUUAUUUUCUUUUUCUUCGUUUCUCUUCUCUCUUACGCUAUAUUUCCUAUUUCUCUCUCUGUUUCUGUGACGCCAUUUUUCUUCUUCUUUCCCUCCACACAAAGCAGAUUUUUCCUUUUCUCUCUCUAACGCAAGCUUUUCUGUCAUCUGUAAUUAUUAUUUCUCUCUAAUUUUUCCACAUCUACACGAUUUUUCUUACUUGAAUUUACUCUUUGGACUAGACCGGACUAUUCUCACUUUCUUUCUCUCUGUGAGUCUGUAGUUUCGGUUGAGGGUACCCAUCAUUUUAGUCUCUGGCUGUAUGAGCGUAAUCAGACAUGAAGGUAUUAUUAAGGCUUGAAUUCAAUGGGGACGACGCGAAAGUCGAGGUCUUCGUGUAAAGGCAGUACCUGUCUCAGUCCAAUGUAUAUUAUGGUCUGCUGGUAGCGUGUUUCAUAUAGAGAGACAGAUACUAAUCCCUCUCAAGAACCCGCCAUUUUUGGUCUGGGUUUCGAGAUUGUGCUUCGCAGAAACAGAAAAGUCUUCAAAUUUUUGUCAUCUUAGAAGCUCAGAGAAUUUGCUGGUGUGGUAUGGGCAGUUUCAGUGAAUACAGAGGUCUGGUUUGCGUACUUACGUAAAGGCUUUAUUGUGGAUUUUCGCUCACCGUAGGGGUAAUUUUGGGAUAAAAAAAAAUGAAGUUUAUGAAGUUGGGUUCGAAGCCUGAUGCUUUUCAAGCUGAAGGAAAAUCCAUCAGGUGGAAUGUUGUCUGCUCUGUGUGAAUUCAUCAUGAUCAAUGUGCUCUCAUGCAGGUACGUGUCAUCCGAGCUGGCUACAGAUGUCACCAUAAAUAUAGGUGAAGUUAAGUUUUACCUUCACAAGUUCCCUCUCUUGUCAAAGAGUAAUCGAUUGCAAAAACUAGUAUUGAAAGCCAGUGAGGAGAAUUCCGAUGAAAUUAAUAUGCUUGAUUUUCCUGGUGGGCAUAAGGCCUUUGAAAUUUGUGCAAAAUUCUGCUACGGGAUGAUUGUUACUCUCAAUGCUUACAAUGUAGUAGCUGCUCGUUGUGCAGCUGAGUACCUUGAGAUGACUGAGGAUGUUGAUCGAGGAAAUCUCAUUUUCAAAAUUGAGGUAUUUCUAAACUCGAGCAUCUUCCGUAGCUGGAAGGAUUCCAUCAUUGUUCUUCAAACCACCAAAUCCCUUCUGCCCUGGUCUGAAGAUUUGAAGAUUGUGGGAAGGUGUGUUGAUUCUAUUGCAUCUAAAACCUCUGUGGAUCCUGCAAACAUUACUUGGUCAUACACUUACAACAGAAAAUUAUCAGUGCGUGAUAAAAUAGUUGAAGAUGGUAUGAAGUUUCGAGAGAAAGUCGACUCUGUUCCAAAGGAUUGGUGGGUUGAAGAUAUAUGUGAACUGGAUAUUGAUCUCUACAAGCGAGUCAUGAUUGCUGUUAAAUCAAAGGGAAGAAUGGAUGGUACAGUUAUCGGGGAGGCACUUAAAACUUAUGCAGUCAGAUGGCUUCCGGAUGCAUUUGAUGAUUUGACUUCUGAUGGUCGUUCCUGGAGGUACAAAUAUCUGGUAGAAACACUUGUUUGUUUGUUGCCUUCGGAUAAGGGUUUGGGUUGUUCAUGUGGUUUCUUGCUGAAAUUGUUGAAAGUUGCCAUUUCUGUUGGAGUAGAUGAUUCACCUAGGGAAGAAUUGGAGAAAAGGAUCAGUUUAAAGUUGCAUGAGGCUUCUGUGAAGGAUUUACUGAUCCCAGCAAGGUCCCCGCAGACCACAUUAUAUGAUGUGGAGUUGGUACAAUCUCUUGUGAAUUGUUAUGUGACUCAUGAAAAGUACAGUCAGGAUUUGAGUGUUGAGAAGAAUGAUGAAACUGAUGAUUUUGUUUUGCGGCGCGGUCAUGGAUACAUGUUGAAUGUUGGAAAAAUAGUUGAUGGAUAUCUCUCAGAAAUUGCACGGGACCCAAAUCUCACCCUCGCCAGUUUCAUUGACUUGUCACAGUCAAUUCCAGAGUCUGCCAGACCAAAUCAUGAUGGACUGUACAAAGCCAUUGACACCUAUCUGAAGGAGCAUCCAAGUUUGACAAAGGCUGAAAGGAAGAAGAUAUGUGGACUAAUGGAUGUCAAAAAAUUCACAGUGAAUGCAUCCAUGCAUGCUGCACAGAAUGAGCGGCUCCCACUUCGUGUCGUGGUGCAAGUUCUCUUUUUUGAGCAGGUUAGAGCAAGUGCUGGUGUUCAAGCUCUCAACAACGUUCCCCGGGAUGCUACAAAUUCCACGACAAACACAGAUGAAGAAUGGGAAAAAGCAGCAGCAGAUGAUAACAAAUCUGUCAAGAAGCAGAUGAGUCAACUGAAGAUAAAAGAUGAAGAACUUCAGAAGACUGGAAAAAUGAUGAAGAAAAACAGCAAGAACAGUAAAAGCGGUAUACAGUUACUGCCAUCUCGAUCAAGGAGGAUAUUUGACAAGUUGUGGGUUGUGGGAAAAGGUCAUGGUGGAGAGAACAGAAGCUCAGAGACAUCUGGGAGUUCACAAAGCCCAACUUCAAUGGUUCCAGGGGACACCAAAUCCUCUGGCUCAUCUUCAAGACACAGGAGACAUUCCAUCUCCUAAAAAAUGGACUUCCAGCCUCACCAUUUUUAGUAAAGAAAGUGAAGAAAAAAACUAAAAUCUAUUUCAAGUGUAAAAAGUGGUAGGAUUUUGUUGUAGUUGAUCAUUAUGGGUUUAUAUCUUUUAUCUUAUGGGGGGAAAAAGAUGUAAUCAUAUAUUUUUUUUGUCCUUUUUUUCCUUUUGGCUUUUAGUUUCUAACGUCUGUUGGUUCCAGUUUCCAGAUUAUGUAUUGUUUAUAUACGAAGUUCAUGCAGAUUCCUGGAGAAAAGUUGUCCAGUUAGCAAAAA